AGAUAACGGGACGUAACGAGCAGAACUUGUCGUCGGCCACUGCUCCUGGACUUGUGCUUAUUUGGUAAAACUUUGCUAUAAAAAAGAGGUUUCGUUUUUGGGGGAUGCGACUCUCGGUAGUGGCUGAGCAACGGUACUGAGUGACGUAGCUGUAGUUCAGAUCCAACGGUUGAAUAACGAGUCGAUUUUAGAGAUGGGACGUUAACGUAAAGAUCCAAACGGACUUCAAAACUUAGUAACUAAAUUCAACAGCGGCUUUUUAGUUCAUGUAUAUUUGACUCAGAAGUUAUCACUAUGCAAAACGACAAGUCAGAACCAAGUGAACCCAAAGGCACCGUGUGUCCGAGCACCGGCGACACCGAGAAGAAAGCGUUGGUCCUCGCUGAGACAGAGCCUCCUAAACCCAAGGGGAUAAGUGCAGUCGCUGUACUCUGGACCUUCGGAAAAUGUCUGGGAGCCUUGUUGCCCGUCUACCUGGCCGGUUAUUAUCGGGUCAGCACCAGCCUGCUGGUCUUUGGGAUGAUGAUCUACACGGGAUGGAAGCAUGCCCGAGAAGCCAAAGAAGCACGACUGAAGUCAGCCAUGCAGCUGCUCAGCAACGAGGAAGAGUAUACAUCCUCGAAAGUGUCCAAAAUCAAACGGGAUCUUCCUGCAUGGGUAAGAAACAACCCUCCAUACAUCAGCAUGUGUGACCUUUCUUCCUAAACCAUAUUCUUCUUGAUCCCUCUCUAACCUAUCGUAACCUCACAUUACUGAUUAUGUAACAAGACAGCAAUGGACCCUUAAGUCAAAAAAUCUCAACAGGAUGUGAGGACUGUUUUUCCCCCCUCCUGCUCCUUUUUUAAAACUAAUGUGAUGCCUGUUAUGUGCCUUAUUUAGGCAGAGGGUGUUAUCCCAAAGACUAUUUAUAUGAUAAGGUUUAGAAUGUUAACCCUACAAUUUUAAAUUUGUAAUAAGAUGCACAUAAUACUGUAAAGGCCAGUGGUAAUUUUUGGGAGACCCUCCCGCCCCCUCUUUUUAAAGGGAAAACACUGUUUUAACUUCUGGGUUAUGCAUACAAUGGUCUCUGCCCGAGGUUCCUGUUCAGUGUAAGCAAAACUCUGCCCCUGCAAAUUUCCUCUUGCAGAGUUGCAAAAGUUUCUUUGUUUGCCUCCAUGUCAAGACUAAACUUGUUCAAGACCUUAGUGGAACGCUAUCGGAUGCAGUGAAAUAAAUAUGAUUACACAGACACCCUCUAACCAUUGUGCAAGUUCAAUCAAAUGUGUUUGUAAUCUUUGGUUGAGAGUGCACAAAUGUUGCAUAAAGUGAAAUACUGCUUAUUUGCAUGCCAUACAUCCUGAGAGUUUACUAUGCACCCAGAAUGGAAAUGCUGCCAACCACAUGAGCCUGUUUUGACUCAUGUAGCCACACCCAGACAAGGUUCCUGUUUGAUACACCCAAAUACAGUGAGUGAUUUCAGUGAUUGCUUGUAUAACCACUGAGCACAUGUACUUAUCAUUGAAAUCAAAAUUGGCAAUCCCUGUGUUGCUUCCCAGUAUAGAUAAAAAUACUUUAGUAACAGACAGCAAUAGAAUUAUAAAUGAUCCUCAUAUUGAUAGUAGCUGCACUUAUCUCCCUAACUCGUCUUUCUUUUGGAAAUAGUGCCAAGGAAGAUAACAGUGAUAUUGAUUAAAUUUAUAGGCCUGCAUCUGCUUUAGCUGAUUCACUUCCCCAUCCUGUUUUGUGUAUUCCUUGCUCUUUGCACAAGCUAAUUAUGUGCUUACAUUGUUUUUCUUUCCCUCAGGUCAACUUUCCAGAUGUUGAGAAGGUUGAGUGGCUGAAUAAGGUAAAAAAUAAAAGUCAGAAGAUUACGUUGUUUACCUUCGCUUCCUCUGUGUCUACAAAGAGGCAGCUGUAUUUUGUCCUUUGAAAAGCCCACAGUAAAGGCGUUUGUCUGUCUGUUCAGUCCCCACCUGUUCUGCUGAUUGACUCUUCAUGUCAGUAUGCUAUGUUAUUAGCCUGUGCUAGCUGACAGAUAGCAGCACUGCUGCUGCCAUUUUCCAGAAAGGCCACACCUCCCAUUAGUGUAGCCACUGUGUCUGCACUGCGGAGUGUGGGCCCGAUGCCAGCCAAGCCUCUCAACAUUUCCAUUUCAUUGCAGGCUAACUCGCAGGAAAGAGGAGGAGCUGUCCAGCCCCCCUAAACUAAAUAAAACUGCAGCCAUUGUUCCCCCCUCCUUCUCUCUGCCCCAGAGAAAGUACUGUGAAGUCAAUAAUUUAGACAUACAGUAAUAAAAUUAUUCAUGUAGCCAAGACCAUGAGACUGAGGCGCACAAAGCAGGGAUGUGAGACUGGUACAGGAGAGGAGGUCAGCAGAUUGUCUUGUUGUUCAGGCUAAAGGCGGCUGAUGACUCACUCUCCAUUUAUGCCAGACAGAAACCAACUCUGGGGAAUUUUUUUCAGUCUCACAAGCACACUAUCGGACAGGGCCCCCGCUUUUAGUUUUUUUCCAUAUGCAGCUACAAGGUGACUUGCUGUACAUUUCUACUUUGAUAUAAUACUGAAAGUGGGUGCACACAGAAUAGGGAUUCAUUGUGAUAUAUGUGUGUACUUAUCUAAAGUGACAGACCAACAGCUGAGGAGACUCGACCAGCAACAGCUGUCUCUGCCAGUCUUUGGCCAUUGCUAAUGGAAGCAGAGGCAUCUGAUGAAUAGUUUUGUUACUAUGUGGCCUAAAUGCCACAAACCCAACAACGUGGUCUCUGUUUGCAGGGAUGUACUUUGUGUUAUAAGUGGUGUGACUUAACGAUAAAGGAAGCUUAGAAACAUUUUUUUUUCUGGUUUACCCAGGUGCUGCAGCAGGUGUGGCCAUUUGUCGGCCAAUACCUUGAGAAGCUGCUGGUGGAAACCAUUGCUCCAUCUAUCCGAGCCUCAAGCACUCACCUCCAGACGCUCAGUUUCACAAAAGUGGACAUGGGAGACAAGGUUAUACCAUUUGAGUGUAACCAAAACACUUCUACAUGAUCUAUGUCAAUUAUAUUGUGUUAACUAGUGUGCUCUGUCUCUGCCUCAGGCUAUGAAAGUUGUGGGAAUAAAAGCACACACAGAGAAUGAUAAAGGACAAGUACUGCUGGAUUUGUAUAUAAGGUAAAUCUAUCUCAAUCUUGUGCUCUUAUGUAUAAUACUCAUUUUAGCUGAUUAAAAGUAUUGUUGUGGAUAACUUUCACUGUUCUUGUAACCCUAGCUAUGUUGGUAAUGCUGAGAUAAACGUUGAGGUGAAGAGGUACUUCUGCAAAGCUGGAGUAAAAGGCAUACAGGUCUGACUUAUUUUUCAAGUUUGAGUUAAUAUUUUGACUUUGUUUAAGCAUGAAAUUUGAAAAUAUAUAUUUUAUAAAUAUACAAUGUAUCUGUAGUUUUCACCUUCUUUCUUUCCCCUCUAUCUUCAGUUGCAUGGGAUGAUGCGGGUGAUCCUGGAGCCCCUGAUUGGAGAUGUACCUAUAGUGGGUGCAGUCACCAUGUUUUUCAUCCGUCGGCCUGUACGUCCACAUACAUUCACCUCUAUUUGUCCUAUUGGAGUAGCCCCUCUACCCCCACUCCUGUGACUAUCAUGUAUCUCAGUAUAGACCAGUCAGGUUUCCCAUUUAUUGAUUUCUCAUCAAUCCAAACUGUUUUUGCUACAAACUCAACAUUCCUGGGCUUUAUCUCUUCUUUUCCAGAAACUCGACAUCAAUUGGACUGGUCUGACUAAUUUGUUGGACAUUCCUGGACUGAAGUGAGUCAUUCUGAAAUAACUCAUAAUAGGUUUAUCUUGUUUAAUAAUGUGUGGAUUAAAUUACACUGUAAAUGUCAGACCGCAAAGGCUGUUAAGCAGUAGGUUUUCACCAACAUACUUCUGUUUUUGUCCCAGUGUCAUGUCUGACAGCAUGAUCAUGGAUGCUAUUGCAUCCUUCCUGGUUCUGCCAAACCGUCUAGUUGUCCCCCUGGUUCCAGGCCUGCAUGUGGCUCAACUUCGCUCCCCUUUGCCAAGGGUAAACCUGACUAUGCAUAUUAUUGCAUAGAAUAAGUAGAUCAUAGUAUUAUUUCUUGUUUCAAUCUGUGCUGUUGAGUUACUUCUACGUUUCCUCUUUUAGGGAGUAGUGCGCAUCCACCUCCUAGAGGCAAAGAGUCUAGCAGCUAAGGACAACUACGUUAAAGGAGUCAUGGCUGGCUUGUCUGACCCCUAUGCCAUAUUAAGAGUAGGCCCUCAGACCUUCACCUCCAAACACUUCGACAACACAGACUCUCCAAAGUGGGAUGAGAUGUAUGAGGUAAGAACAGCAGGAAGUUUCAGAUUGUGUCUUUAUUUUCUGGAUGUUCAAAUGUCAGGAGACUUGAUCACACAUCAUCCUGUUUUGUUCUGUAUUCAAGACAAUGGACUGUUUCAAAUAGCGCUGUGAAUGUUCAUUUCACUCAUGGUUACAUGAGGCCUCAGCCAGCUUCCAUACAUCUGGCUCUGUCAGUCUACAUGUCCUUGUGUGUGUGUGUCUGGUACAUCAGGUCAUUGUCCAUGAAGUGCCUGGUCAAGAGUUGGAGGUGGAGGUAUAUGACAAAGACCCAGACCAGGAUGAUUUCCUGGGCAGGUACAUAUGCAUAGUUCAUGUCUCUUGUGUGCAUAUGUUAAAUCUGACAUUGUCACCUUUCAUCUGUCACCUUUUUUGAUCAAGUCUUAAAAGUAUGCUACUUUUAAAGCUUGUGUGAUAUCUAUGUUUUAUCGUUGUAUAUGUUUACAUUUGCUUUAUAAUUUUUAAGUAACCAUGUCUAACACUUCCCUCUCUUGUAGAACCAAACUGGAUUUGGGAAUUGUAAAGAAAUCUGUGGUUGUGGAUGAUGUAAGUUAAAAUCAGUGUCAUAUUAUUGAUUCAUGUUCAAGCAUAUUUUGAUUUUUAGACCUUGAAUUAAUUGCUUUUGCUGUCUGCUCAGUGGUUCACUUUGAAAGACACCACAUCAGGACGGGUUCAUUUCAGACUGGAGUGGUUGACUUUACUGCCAAACACAGAUCGACUGGAGCAGGUUUGAGACUCUUGUUUCAAGUAAUAAGUUACUCUGAGGUGACUAGUGUUGAUACCUUUGGCAUUCAUCACAGUUUGUAAAAUCAAUUUGCCACUAUUUGUAUUUUUCCCUCAGAUCCUGAAGACGAAUGAAAGCAUAAGCAGCAAGGGUGGUGAUCCACCGUCUUCAGCCAUCUUGGUUAUAUAUCUUGACAAGGCUGAGGCACUUCCUGUGAGUCAUAUAACUUCCCUCUGUGCCCAUGUGCAUGCUCAGCUCACAGUGGCUUCCUGUGUGUGGUUAAACACACUUCAAGCUGUAGAUGCCACCUGUCAGACAUUCCUUAAAGUUGUUGCGUUGGCCUUCAACCCCUGUGUUCCCCAUUGCAAUGCCAUUCAGUGUAGCUCACUUUACCCAAACACAAUACCUACUGUGCUAAUUUCUGCUGAUAUGUCAUUUGAACAAAAGGGCAAAUCAGCAUCAAAGUGGCAGAAUCCUGAACACUAAACUCAGUUCCUGUGGUUUAAUUGAAUGCAGAUGUUUACUUCCUGAUUAAACCAUGUGUUGUGGUAUUUCCAGUUACUAUUUAUGCUGUUGCUAUGGUAGCCAUGUACACACAGUAAUUCACAAUGAACGUGUCUUUAGAAUGAGUAGUUAGUCUAUUUAUUGUUCUUUUAUUGGUUAAAGAACGUCAUUUUUCACAUGCUUUACUUUCUAUUAAUAUUUAUCCUGUAUUUUGUCAUUUUUAGAUGAAAAAGGGAAAUAAAGAGCCCAACCCGAUGGUUCAGUUGUCGGUGCAGGACAUCACCAGAGAGAGCAAGGUAUAUCCGCUGGAAAAGUUUAUAAAAAUGUCACAUGUGUUACAUGCAUGCAACUUAUUCUUACUGUGCUACUAUAGACUUGUUGGACAACUGUUAAUCCAGAGUGGGAGGAAGCGUUUACCUUCUUCAUCCAGAAUCCUCAGAAGCAGGACAUUGAUAUUCAGGUAACCCUGCACUACACUCUCUUGGGAGUUUGGGAUUUUGAUAGCUAAACUUGUCGUCUUCGUCUGACUUUUCCUUCACUGUGAAAACAACCAGGUGAAGGAUGCAGACCGUGUGCAGACCCUGGGCACCCUGACCAUCCCUAUGUCUCGUCUGCUGUCCAAUGCUAAUCUUUCUCUGGACCAGUGGUUCCAGUUAGACAACUCUGGGUCAGCCAGUCGCAUUUACAUCAACACGGUUCUCAGGGUAAGAUAGUAUCGCUUAUUCUGCACAACAUGAAACAAAUUUAUGGAUAAAUAGCAAGAAACUAUUGUCACAAGCACAAUGGAAAUGUUAACCUGAACCAGAGUUUUUUCUCAAAGGCGUGAUUUUUUUAAUGCAAUUUUAUGUCACAGGUCCUGUGGUUAGAUGAGGAAAGUAUCCCAUCUGAUGUAUCAACCAAUCUGGAGUCUGGACUGAACAAACAGCUGCCCCAGCAGACCUCUCCUCAUCCCAGCUUUGCAACAGAGGUAACACAGUAUUACAGUAGGGACUUAUACUCAGGCCUGUGUUCACCAAUUACGAAUUCAACUGUAUGUGUGUGUGUGUGUGUUUUUUUAGGGACUGCUCAGAAUUCACUUGUUGGAAGGGCAGAACCUUGUUCCAAAAGAUAACAUGAUGGGGGGCAUGGUGAAAGGCAAGAGCGACCCCUAUGUCAAGAUCAACAUUGGGGGAGAAACAUUCACAAGUCAGGUUAUCAAGAGUAACCUGAACCCUGUGUGGAACGAGAUGUAUGAAGUAAGUAACUAAAGGUUGAUCAUCAAAACUAACACAUUAAAAAAACAAACAAAUAAAAAAAAACUCAUUAUAAUCAUAAGGGAACUAAAGUAGGGGACUGAAGUUUGCAUGGACUCAUACAUAAAAGUGAGAUUUACUCUGUUUUAAGAGAUCAUUUUUAACUUUUUCCCCCCAUCAGGUGAUUCUUACCGAGCUGCCUGGCCAGGAGCUGCAUGUAGAGAUGUUUGAUAAAGACAUGGACAUGAAGGAUGAUUUCAUGGGCAGGUAGUGUCACUCUAAAUUAAUUCAUGAUUGAAUCUUGUGAAGAAAGUCAUUUGAGAUAAAUUACACUCCCAUGUCCUGACAUGCAGGUUGAAGAUCAGUCUGAAGGACAUCAUUGAGUCUCAGUACACUGAUCAGGUAGGAUUGUGAUGCACACCACUGCAUGUUUGGUUAAAAUAAGCUCAGACAGGAUCUUACCAGUGAGGGUCUGUGAUCUUCCUCCCUCCUCAGUGGUAUACUCUCAAUGAUGUGAAGUCUGGUCGAGUUCACCUGGUGCUGGAAUGGGUUCCUACGUCCUCAGAGUCAGACAGAGUGGACCAGGUCAGUAUUCUCCUCAAGAAUGGACUAAUCGAUUAAUGGACCUGUGUUGUGAAGCUACAGUCCAUCUGUACUCUCUUGUUCUUUCCUGUGUCUUCAGGUUCUUCAGUUCUAUUCAAGGAAAUCCUUUCAAAACAAAGCUGUUCCCUCUGCUGGCCUACUGUUUGUCUUUAUUGAGCAAGCAGAUGGCUUACCAGUAAGUCUUUUAUUAUUGAUACUACUAAUGAUAUUAAAAUGGACUGUUAGUGCUUAUAACUUUGCUUUUAUUUUAAUGUUUGUACUUCUCUCUCCAGGUUAAAAAGAGUGGCAAGGAGCCAAAAGUGGGCGCUGAGAUUGCACUUGGAGAAGUAGCCCGUAAAACGACUGUAAGACUUCAAACUUGAUUGACUGUUCGUGUUGAUAUUCGAAGAUGUUUUCAAUCACUUAACAUCCAAUUAACUGACUGUUGCACUAUUGAAGGUGUGCGAUCGUACCACAUCACCCCAGUGGAAUGAGGCUUUCUGUUUCAUGGUUCAAAACCCCAAAAAAGAUAUGCUUGUUGUCAAGGUAGGCAAACUUCAGAGUUUAUUGAACUGUAACAAUAAAAGUGUGAGUCGUACAGAUGAAAUCAACACAUUGCACAGAUACUCCUUUAACGGCUCACGUUAUAUUUCUGCAGUUCUCCCACAGCUGGACCUUACCCAUUGGUUCCCUGGUUGUUCCAAUCAGAGAGCUGCUUUCUGAACCAGGGCUGGUCCUAGACCAGUGGUUCCAUCUGGAUGGAGCUUCACCUGAGAGUCAAGUUCUUCUGAGGGCUGAGCUCAAGGUGAGAGGUCUUUCUGUUUUUUGCUGCACCAUCUUCUCUAUUAACCUUUAAAAUUUCUCUCUUUUCAGUCCCUCUGUUGUCACAUCUGUUUUUGUUGCCAGUCUUGUUUUUUCUCUGUGUGCAGCCAAAACAGCCAAGUCUGUAUUUUUCUUGUUUUGCUAAACUAGCUGUAAUCUGUCCUCCUGUCUCCUUGUUUCUCGGUUUCUACACUGCAGAUGCUCAUUCCUACCAAAUGCCCAGGUGCCAUUGAUAAGCCUCUGGUGGUUUCAGCAGCAGAGCUUCCUCCUCCUCCUGCCCCUCAAAAACAGGAGACAGUGCUAAGGUUGGAUAGUUAAAGCACAGUCUGUUCAGGCUUUCCAUGUGCCCCCCUUUCCUAAAUUUAAUAAAAAAUACUCUUUCUUUUUAGCUCAAGUUCAGUGGACGCUCCGGUUGAGACUAUAGUUCCGUCACAUGAAGAUGUUGAUGUGAAAGAAACAGCAACUGAUGUGAUUGAGGAGAAAACUGAAGAAUCACCAAGUCCUGCCGUAGCACAACCUCCUCAUACUUCCCCAGACCUUAGUUUCGCCAGUGAGGUAAAAUCACGAAACAGAAGCAGGUGCAUGCUAGAGGGCACGUCUCCAUCAAAUGUAUUCGAGGAAAACAUCAAUAUGAAGUUUAAUGAUUCCCUCUUAUAGGGGCUGCUGAGAGUCGUCCUGUUGGAGGCCAAAAGUCUGGUUGCCAAAGACAGCAUCAUGGGCAUAAAGGGCAAGAGUGACCCCUAUGCAAAGAUCAGCGUUGGAGAGUUUUUGUUUAAGAGUAAUGUGAUCAAGGAGAAUCUCAACCCAGUCUGGAAUGAGAUGUAUGAGGUUUGUAAGAGACAGAGAUUUACUUAUUUUAGAAUAAGUUGGGAAAUAGGCAGCAAUGGCAGAAUCGGUGUAAAGUUUUAUCAAUGAAACUGUUCUGUUCACUAAGGUGGUGCUGCGGCCUCAGUCAGGACAGGAGGUGCAGGUGGAGCUGUUUGACAAAGACAUGGACAAAGAUGACUUCCUGGGCAGGUAACUGAAAACUCUGAAAUGUCUCUGUUCAAAGACUAAACUGUUGUUUUACCAUUAAAAUAAAUCACAGCCCCGUUAUUGUAUGAUGUAUUUUUGUAGAGCUUUACUAAUGGGAAAUAAGCUUACCUUUACUCAUUAAAGAAUCGUCUUAUGAUCAUGAAUAAAUUGGAUUAUGUAAGGGUGGGGCUUCACUUUCAAAGGUUGUGGAAACUUCACUUAGUCAUCUUCUUUAUGAGCAGAUUCAAAAUCAGUGUGGCAGACAUCAUCCAUUCUCAGUACACAGACCAGGUUAGUGCUUAAUGCCUCACUGUGAUUCUUGCUGUGUAAUCAUAGGCUUUUAUUCGAUAAGCGUGCGUCUGUGUUUUAGUGGUACACCCUGAAUGACGUGAAGUCUGGACGCAUCCGCCUGAUACUGGAGUGGGUGCCAGCAGUUUGCCACAAUGCCACCCUGGACCAAGUUAGUAAAACUUCUUUUCAUGCAGAAACAAAUAACCUUUUUUUUUUAUUUUUCAAUUCCUCACUUAUUUGCCCUUUAACAAACAUGACUCUCUGCUUAGGUCACUGUGCACGUCAGUACCAAGUUCUUGAAAUACUUUUCAUUCUGUCCUAAAGGUGAUGCAUUUGCAGUCACUACAGUCCUUCCAGAAUAAGGCAGUUUCCUCCGCAGCGCUGCUCUUCGUCUAUGUGGACAGAGCACACUCAUUGCCUGUAAGUGCCCUGUAAUUUGGUUAGGUGAUAAACAGUGCAUCUGCUGUCUCAUAGUUACACAUAGACAACAGUUUGGAAAGUAGCUGUAAACGAAAAGACUUUCUGCUCCCACCAAGAGAAAAACUCACUGCAUGAUUAUUUUUUUAAGUUAUCACCAGAUUAGAGCAACAGUCACUGUUGUUGGAAAAUGUAAUGCAGCAGUGUGAGCCAGGAAUGCUUUACUUGUUGAAGAAACCAAUUUUCAACCAAUUGUUGCUUUAUUUACAGGAUGAACACAAACUCACCAUAUGAUUAUGUGUGUUGUGUGCUUUUCUGUGUUCAGUUUAAGAAAAGUGGAAAGGAGCCCAAGGCUGGGGCGGAGCUUGUUCUCGGUAACACAACUUACAAAACCAAGGUAUGAGAGUCACUGCUACAUGUUAAGAAUAUGCAAGUUUAAAGUUUACUGCCCCCUGCUGGUGGUACUCUGAAAGAUACAGGGAUUGACAGCGAUGGAGGACAAUUUGUACACUAUUGUGCCCUUCAAUAUACCCCUUUGACAAAAUAAAAAGAUUAAGAAAAAAAAAACUUUAUCUAAGUUAAAACACAAAUUACCCCUCCUCUUUUUUCUGCUCUCCUGUUUUUCUAUCUAUAGGUUUGUGAUCGCUCCAGAUCACCCCAGUGGAGUGAAGCAUUUUACUUCUUGGUUCGUGAUCCCAUGGAGGAGAUGCUUAUAGUAAAGGUGAGUUUCUCACAAUACUUAGGUGUUGUAUGUGAGCCUGUUGCCAGUGUCAGGGACAUAUUAGCCUCUAACUGAUAUAGCAUGUGGUUUUUACUUCUGCAGUUGUCCAGCGCAUGGGACCAGCCAAUGGGAUCUCUUGUAGUUCCCGUGAGAGAACUUCUCUCUGAGCCGCAGCUGGUCCUGGAUCAGUGGAUGCCUCUAGAUGGUGCUUUAGCAGAGAGUGAGCUCCUUCUGAGGGCUGAACUGAAGGCAAGAGGAAACACACUCGCAUAUGUAUUUAUCACAAGUUAUAAAUGCAAGAAAUAACCCUCUGAAAAUGUCACACUAAUAGAUCUUAAGCUCAAGAAUGACUGAGGCUGUACAGCCCUCUGUAACUGGCUCCAAAAAAGAGGAGGAGACACUGAAAGAGAUUAAACAAACAUCUAAAGCAUCUGAUGAGGAACAAAAAAGCUCAGAGCUUCUUGCCGAUGAGUGAGUGUUUUGUGCCUGAUUUGCACAUAUUGUUAUGUCCUGUUUUUUUCUUUUAAUAUGAUCCAUAUUUUACACAUAUUUUAACACAAGCAAGUUCUAUAAAGACAGUCUGAACCAGAACCAAGCUAUUGUAAACAUUAUAUAAAAAAAAUUAAAGUGCUCUCUAUCAAAGCAGGAACAAAAUAAUUCACAAGCAAGACUGACUCUGAAAAAAUGCUUUCAAAGUGCCUUAGUUAUCAAGUGAACAGAAUUUAAACUUACUUUGCUGGUUUUUCUUCACACCUGUGGUACUUGUGUUUUGUGACAACUGUGUGUAUUUUCAGACCUGUUUCAGUGUCCAGCCAGUUUAAACACCCUGAUGAAGUCACAGCAGCAGAAAUUUCAGCUGCUGUUGAACCAGCUGACAUCCACUCUGUCCUUGACACAUUUCCCGCUGCCACAGUGAGUCACAGCACAAUGUUUGUCAGUUGUUAUUUUAUUUUGACUCGUCUCUUUUUUAUCAUCAUGACACUCAUGCAAUUUCCUCAGCAGGUCGAAGAACCAGCAGAUACAGUGGGACCUCCCGCUCAGUUUAACACAGCAGCUGAAGAAGACCUAGGGCUACAGAAAACACAAACAGAGGGGUGAGCUCAAUAUCAAAGCAAAGAAAACCAUUUGUCUUCCUGUUCAUUUUCUUUUAAGGAUAAAAAUGAAGAGAGAGACAUAGAAGCAAACUUGUUUAAAUUUCUGCACUGUGUUGUUGUGUGCAGGGCUGGUUUGGGCGAGCUUGCACAGGCAACUGUAACGAGUCUUCCUGCAGACACCCUGGGCCCAGCAGAGGUCACGGAAAUCCCUGAGGCUGAUGAAGUUCUUCCACCACACACCAGCCCCAGUCAGGAUUACGCAAAAGAGGUGGGCUCAGUUUAUACCCUGCUUAACAGAACGAGAGAUAAAUAAACUUUCUUCUACCUUCUACUGGCAUGUAUUUCCCUUUACUCUGUACCUUUUCUUGAAUAUUUGUAAUAUAUUAAACUGUAGCGACGACUUUCCUUCAACAAAAAAGGCUGCUUGGGUUUAGGUUCGCUUGCAUGUAUGACUCGCUUGAAUGAUCAGUCCGGUUUGGGUGUUAAAAAAAUGAUUUAUUGUUCAAAAAAGGAAAGAAAACACACUGAUAUGGGUCCAAAACCUUUGCCUUUGACUGAAAAGGUGAUAUGAUGAAAUGAGGUUAAAACAGGAUGAAUGAAUGAAGCGGUAAAAAACGAUGAGAAACUUACCAAACCCAUUGUCUGACUACACCUGUGAUUUAAAUAAUCCACCAAACAUCCCAAAACCACACCCCUCAGCGACGAUCCCUGAAGUGACAUACCUAUAGAAAUAAACUUUCAACAAAUAUAUUUUGGCUCCUACAUAAACAAUGAGAAAACAACCCCAUAAGCAUAGCGGAGUGCACUGUGGACUGUCUGCUGAAGAGUGUUUCUUCAAUAAGUCAUGUGUGAUUUAAUAUAAAAGAGAAUCUAAAAAUAUCAAAACCUAUAAUAAUGCCUCUAGCUCUUGUCUCUCUUAAUACUUUUAGUUCAACCAGAAAGGUUUUAACUUACUUUGGUAUGUCAAAAAGAACAAAACCAUUUUAGAAAAAACAUUCUGGAAAGUUGUUUAAAAAAAAGUUAAGCUUAACCAACAUUUGUGUGAUGAGCAAGACCAAAGCAGACAUGAAAAUGUUUGGUUUUUGUAGAUUAAGUGAAAUUAUGAAGCACAGGUCUAUUUUUUCAGAUAGAGAACUAUCAUGUGACUUACAAAAGUCUUCUAGCAUGCUUUGUGCAGGAGGACUUCCUGUAUGUUUUCACCACUUACAAUCUUCCUCCUGCAGGGGCUGCUGAGGAUUCACCUGCUAGAGGCCCAGAAUCUGGUUGCAAAGGACAAUCUCAUGGGGGGUAUGGUGAAAGGCAAGAGUGACCCAUAUGUAAAGAUAAGUGUGGGGGGCUUAGCGUUCAAGAGUCACGUUAUCAAGGAGAAUCUCAACCCAACAUGGAAUGAGAUGUAUGAGGUAUGAAUGAUUUUUGGCUUAAGCAUCACAUUUUGUCUUUAUUCUGCUGCAUGUACAGUAUCCUGUGUAAAUAUGGCCCUGUGUUUUUUUUUAACAGGCAGUAUUAAAGCAGAACAGUAUCCAGGAGAUCAAGUUUGAAGCUUUUGAUAAAGAUUUAGAUGCUGAUGACUUCCUUGGCAGGUGUGUUGAUCAAUGAGUAACUUAAAUUACUGAUCAAGAUAAAAAGAUUGGAGUCAUGUGUACGCUAAUAAGAAUUGAAAAAAAGCCUACAGGUUUUCUGUAUUACAUUUUUAUCCUCUCAGGAAAUACUGUCAUGUCUUUGUGGUCACAGGUUCAGUGUUAAACUCAGUGAGGUCAUCCGAUCCCAGUACACUGAUCAGGUUUGGAAAUAAUUGGUUGUCUAAAUCUUGCCAUGUUUUUUCUUAGUGUAAAGAGUGUCGCUCACAUUUUCUUUAACUGACUCUGUCUCUGUUGCAGUGGUACACCCUGAAUGAUGUGAAAUCUGGACGGGUUCACCUGAUACUGGAAUGGGUUCCAGCUGUAGCAAAUGCAGACAGACUUGAACAGGUCAAUAUUUACCCGUUCCUACAUCUCUGUGGUUCACCAGGCAUUCUGUACUUAUUCAAAAAUCCUUCGAACAUGCAAAUAUGCAGUGUCUCCAGCCUCUUAGAUAAUGCUGUAGAACCUUCCCGGCAUGCAGGUCAAAAGAUCAACAUUGCAGCACAGUUAUCAGGCCUGACCGGCUUUUUUUCUGUUUACAACAGGUACUGCAGCUUCAGUCUCUCCAGUCUUAUCAGAACAGAGCUGUUCCCACCGCUGCUCUACUCUUUGUCUACAUGGAGAGAGCACAUUCACUACCCGUGAGUCCACUGCAGUUUGUUUUCAUACUGUGCAGAACUUCAAAAAGGAAUUGGUCUUGUAAUAAAAAUAUGAUGCCUCCUCUUCUCUCUUGAUAGUUGAAGAAAAGUGGAAAAGAACCUAAAGCAGGAGCAGAGCUUGUUCUCGGUGAAACAACCUACAAAACAAACGUAAGGCUGGUGAUGUCUGGUGCAGUUUAAUAAAUCUUCUUUAAUUCAAGCUCAAUUGAAUUUUCAUUAUCUCUCUUUAGCUGUGUGACCGCAGCACCAGCCCUCAGUGGAAUGAGUCUUUCUACUUUCUGGUUCAUGACCCUAAACAUCAAAUGCUUGUGGUAAAGGUGAGACAUUUAAUUGUUUAUUCCUGUCUGGAAGAUCUUGUUUCCCUUUGACGACAGUAGAGCUAAAAUAUUUGAAUUAUCUCCUUUUUCUUACAGUUGUCCAGUGGUUGGGACCAGCCAAUGGGAUCUUUAGUGAUUACUAUGAAAGAGCUGCUUGCAGAACCACAGCUGGUCCUUGAUCAGUGGUUCUGUUUGGAUGGAGCUCAACCUUAUAGCCAGAUUCUGCUGAGGGCCGAACUCAGGGUAAAAUUGCAAAUACAUCUUUGCAUAGCGUUGUACAAGCUUUGAAUACAACAUCUCAUAAUUCAUCAUACUUGUUUUUGUACUCUGAAAUUAUUUUAAUAGAUUCUUCAAACCAAAAUGGUGGAUAUGAUCAGUGCAGGGACUCUGCCCUGUGCCACCUUAGGCAGUGGAUCUGGAAACGGGAAGGUGAAGUUGUCUCUUUCAUACGCCUCACAGGAGAGGAAGUUCAGCGUUGUCGUCCAUGCUUGCCGGUAUGCCACAUCAAAUUGUGCUCCCAAAUGAAAGAUUGUGUUUCCACCACUGGCAUACUGCUGGUAUCAUAGUGACAUUUCCUAUUCAGAUUUAAUCAUACCUAUGUUUACCAUUUGAUAGGACAUGAUUAUUUCAAAGCCUCAACAUACUGGCUUUAGCUUUAAAACUCACCUUACUCCUAUACCAGUUAACAUAGUACAAGAAAAGUCCAGAAGAGGAAUAGAAGUCACACCAAAAUAAAGGAUGAAGGACAAAAGGUUUAAACUGUGUUCCUCCUACAUGCUUAAUGAUCUAACAAGAUAUGCUUUGCUUUGAUUAUGUACAGAGGUCUGAUGUCUCAAAAUAAGGACGGGGUAGACAGCUAUGUCUCUCUCAUGCUGCUACCAGACAAAAGCAAAGCCACCAAAAGAAAGACAGCAGUAAGGAAAAGAGACCUAAACCCAGAGUUCAAUGAGAGGUAAUUAGAUUAUUGGAUUAUUGUACAUCUAUAAUCCUUUUUUAAUCUUCUGUUGUAUCUGUUGAUGUUUAUAGCAAUCAUUUUUGUCAAUUUCUUUGAGGUUUGAAUAUGAUUUCCCCCUGGAUGAGAUAAGAUUCAGACGCCUCAGUGUAUCAGUGAAGAAUAACUCUGCCUCAUUCAGGAGCCGGGACAUCAUUGGACAGGUCAGUGCGAGGCUGAGCUUUCACUCCCCACUGUAAUUCUACUAUGGCUAAAAUGUGUAUCAUGUCACACACACACAGCAGCCAGGUUACAGCUCCAUAAUCUUACAAUAUAAUGAUCAUGCAGCUACAUCUACGCUUGUACAGCUGCCUGCCCAGCUGGUUAACUUUUGUUAUUUUGUAAGGGCAUGAGUGUUUUUGAGAAUUUCACUGGAUUUUACUCUCUCUCACUCUGACCAUAACUGAAAAGUACUUUUAUAUACAAGUUAACUUUUCAUUUUCAACCUUUAGGUACAGAUAGAGUUGAUGCAGAUGGAUCUGAUUUCCGGUGUCACAGAAUGGUGAGCAUCACUUUGAAAAAAUAAAUUUAAGUAUUUGAAUAAAAAAUGUACAACAUCAACAAAUGUACAACAUACAACAUCAAUCUUUCUGUGUUCCAGGUUCACACUCACAGAGGAAGAUGAAUAGUUAUUUUGCUUGCCGCUGUCAAAGUAAUGUGCUGAUGAUAAGUUCAUCAAUCCAUGGUAUGUGCAGCAGUGCCACACUGCAACAGCUCACACAGAUGCCUUCUCCUUGCCACCUUUGCAUACACUCCGACUGUAGCCGCCUUACCUGCACCCACCCAGGUCUAGUAUGUAUCUAAGUGUGAUGCCUUGGCCAAGUUUAUAAGAAUAAAGUGCAAAUUAAAAUCAACUGAAAGUCACUUUAUGAAAAAUAUCAGCUUCAAUGUUCGUUAAAGAGAAAGACUGAAUAUGCCUGAAAAGAAUGAAGUCAUUUUUUGUUUGUUUGUGAGCUGUGUUUUUUUCCAACAUUAUUCAUGACUUGUUAGAAGUGAGGUAAUUUGUCAUAUUUUUUCAAUGAAUUGUUCAUUUAUUCAAAUGCCAUUUCAGUAUUCUGGAUCUUUUUAUUUACAAGCUUCCAUUGCAGUUAUCUGAUUUUUUUUCAGCACUUUGCUAUGUUUGUAUUUUAUUUUUCACAGCACUUUGCUAUAUUUGUAUUUGAAGGUUAUUUUAAAGGGGAUCUUUUUAUGAUAUUACUUUUGUUCAAAACAUGCAUUUGCCACUUCUAUAAACUGUUUAAUGCUGGUUUGAUUAUAUGUAUAUCUGCAAAGAUUAUGACUAAAAUCCAAUGAUGUUUGUUGGAAGGUAAGAACAAAAAUAAACAAAAUUUGCACUGCUAA